AACGAGAUUUCUGUGAUUGCCGUCGUCUGGCGGAGAAACCUGUGGGUCCAGGAUCGUUGAUCUCAAGAGAAUAAUUCGAAGAAUUCUUUCAUCCGCUUCUUCCUUUGUUCCACUAGUUGGAUGUAAAAGUGUGGGAUCAGAGGCCGUCGGGAUACGCCGGUUCGUUGUCGUCGACGCGGACGUCUGACAACCGAUACCGGGGGCGAGAGUGCAGUGCAGCUGCGUGAAAAUAGAUGGUUGGUGGUUGGUGAAGAUCGGUUGGUGAAAGUGACGAGGUGGAAAUAGUUGCCGCGCUGAAUCGCGCCGGGGAAGACAAAUAGGGCUUGCCACCCGUCGUUAUCGUAAAUGAAUAGGAACCGAGGACAGCUCGACGUUUAGCGGCCACCUUUGAACGAGGGUAAACGCUGCUACGGAACGAUUAACGCGUUCAUUAAUAUCUGAACAAGUUACUUGCUGCACCAUAACACGAACUGCGAAAUAGCGCCACUAGUCCUGCCGGUUCGAGCUCCGAAAUAAUCUCGAGUCAAAUACGAAUAUAAUAUAAUUAAGCAUAAUAAAUCCCGUGAGACGGCUCAUAAAUAAGGCGCAAGAUAGAAUAAUAGAUAAAAGCGAGUCGACGUUUGACAAUCCGUGGAGAAAUAUGUCAAGCUAGCGUUUUGUCAUUGGUCGAAACCCCUUGGCAGUCUAGAGGCUGUGGCAGCCGCUAGACGGCCAAAAAUCCGCGCGGGACCGGGCUAGUGGACGAAUUACCCAAGGGGUCAGUUUGGUGGGUCCCGAGGGCGAGCGACGCCACGAAAAAGAGGCUCUUUUCUACGACGAGGAAAUCAUCGAAUUGGCCGGCUACCAGGGGACGAAACGAACGAACGAACAGCUCCCACGGAAUCCUCGUAGGCAUCCCGUACGUAAAAAUAAACCGUGCCUCUCGAGGCGGCACGAGUCGGUGGCUUGGGUUCGACGAAACACUUUUUAACGAGCACACGAUGAAAACGACGUGGAACCGUCGAGAAGAGAAAUUACGGUAAAAAUAAGCCGGCCCACGACGACGUGUCGGCUUAACAACGCGAUAGCCGCGCUGUUCGAAUUAAUCUUGAUCUCGAUCCGUCAAGGGAUAUCGCAGCAUUUCGCUGGAUGAAUCGCGUGAAUCAUCCUAGAGUGAGAAUCGAACGGAGAAUUCGCGUAAACGAUCUUUGGGACUGCAGUAUAGAGACACUUUAUUUUAAGAAGCUCCUAGGGGAUGUCUGUAAGUGGUAGCGGGGAAAAAUAGAGCGUAGCCGUCAUCGUUCAUUGGCAAGGAAACAGUGGGAAACACUUUUAGGAUCACCGAAGUAGAUGUGAAGCUUUGAAGUUGCUUAUACGAGGUUCUCCAAAGGCAGCCACUCGAAUAAAAGUCGGUCUGCAUUCAUGAGGAUUGCCAGUCGCUUGGUUUGUAACCGGUGUCACGAGACAUUUCGUUUGUCCGCGCGUGAACGAAUUAUGGCGAGGAGGGAACAAUAUGAGUCGCUGAUUCACACGUCGACAUUGGACGCGUUAACUGACGGCAAGGUGAACGCCAAGAGGAAGUCGCGAUUGAAUGAUCAAAUACAAGAAUCCGUGGUUCUCGUGGAUGGGAUGCCAAGCUUUUAGCAAUCAGCGGAACAACAACGACUUCUUAACUUCUCGAGGGACAGGGGACCGUUCUGUCUUGUUCUAUGUAAAAUCGACGACACUGAACUCGAACUACGAGAAUAUUCUUGAACCUCGGGCAAGGCGAGACGAAGAAUUGGAAAGGAAGUUGAAUAAAUGAAUCUUUAAGAAGCUCCACCGGUGGAGACGAACAAUGUCCUUCUGCAGGAUAACAGGAAGAAGCAGGGGCCUCCCCAAGCCGAACUACUUUCCCCUCCUACCACCGAUCAGUCCAGCCGACGCGAAACGUUUCUGUCGGAUCACCGGUAAAUCCUAUGGCCUGCCUACUCAUCAUUACAUUCCAGUUCUGUUGGGUGUCCAUACCCACGACAAGUCGAAAUGCAAGAUAACGAACGCUUCCGGUCUAGGACCUCAUCAUUACACAGCUGGCUUCGUCCUGGGCGAGAAGAAGAAACACGUGAUCCUCAAGGAUUAUCGCUACGUGUUCCCAGUCUUGGAAGGAGAAGGGGAGCAACAGAAGGUUCUGAGGGAUUUACUGAACACGAAGCAACCUACCGUCGAAGAGGAACAGGCGAAGUUCGUGUACACCGUGGAGGAGAGAAGAUGCAGCCUCGUAUUUCCAUCGAGAUUGGAGGCUGCUGUCAGGGACGGCGACGUGAAGGACGUGAUGCUGUCCAGGGACUGCGACACCGUUUUGUUCAGGCUGAAGCAAGGCAAGAACGUCUCGGUGGAUUUCAAGAAUUUGGAGGACUUUGAGAAUCUUUAUGACGGUCUGGGACCGAGUCAGGAAGCACUGAAGGAGAGGGAGAGGCAGGAGGCUGAAGCAAAGAAACGGAAGAGGAAACGACAGGCAGGAUUGAGCUAUGCCAAGAAGAUUUUCGAAGAGAAAGAAAAAGCGGCGGAGGAGGAAGAGCUGAGACAAACGAAGCAGUUGAAACUUAGAAGUAUCAAAGAGGAAACGAAGAGCGAGACGGUGGAAACGUGGAAGCACGUGAACCUGGAACAGGCCAGGAGCAGAGCGUGCGAUUUCGUUUCUGUCACGAGUUCUUUGAAGAGUGCAGAGAAGUCUCUGCCGGAAACUCUGGAUUGGAACUCGUUUCAGGACAGCAGUGAAUCUCUCGUGCAGCCUGUUGUUGACAAAGUACCCACACCUGUUAAAGUAAAGCCUCAAAUCGUGGAACAGAGCGUUACGACUUCGUGCACCAGUCCAAUAUCGGAGAGCACAGGGGGAUUCGAGGCGAUAUCAAUCGUGAAGCCAUUGACACCGCUGCAAAUAGAACCUGAUGCGGCUCUGCAGUCGGCUAUACAAAAUAUUCCAACGAACGACUUGAAAGAGGUUGCCAAUGUAAACAUGAAGUUAUUGCAAGCAGGUGAGGAAGCCAUGGAACAAUUGCCCAGAGUGGAAGAGAUCCCAGAGUUGGUGCAGAACUUGGGCAAAGGUGAAGAGACAACGAUGCACAAGAUUAAAGGUCUGAAAUUAGACAUAAAAUCCGCGCAGAGAUUUAUCACCGGCCAGACAGUGCAGACGCCGAACGGGCCUAUUUUUGUACCUGGCCAGACGCUGCAAACACCUCAGGGUCCUGCGUUCGUUCCUGGCCUAACGGUGAACACUCCUGACGGCCCUCUGCUCGUCCCUGGACAGAUACUUAACUUAAAGGACGAAGAUAACGAGGAAACGCCAGUAUUUAUAGCUGGACAGACUUUGUCCACCGAACAGGGUCAUCGAUUCAUUCAGGGUCAAACCUUCCACACCAACGACGGAGCCAGAUUUGUCCAAGGUCAAACCGUGCUUACCGACGACGGACCGAAGUUCGUCGCUGGUCAAGUGACCAACGAUGGGACCUUCGUUCCUGGUCAAACUAUCGUCACUCCUGAUGGACUUCGAUUUAUGCCUGGUCAGACGAUCACCGACCAUCAUGGAGAACAAGUGUUUGUUCCAGGGCAGAGUGUACAGAUCGACGGAACCUGGGACUUUAUCCCUGGUCAGAGUGUCGAAACUUCAACGGGAGAAGUGAAAUUCGUUCCUGGUCAGACGAUUCCAACGUGCCAGGGACCCCAGUUCGUGCCUGGACAGUACGAGACAGCUAGCUCCGGGGAAAGUUACUUCAUACCUGGCGUGAUUAAAGACACCAAAGAUGGCUCGAUGUUCGUUCCAGGUAUGACAUUGGAUACUCCGAAAGGUCAGAAGUUCGUAGAAGGUCAAGUAGUGAGAACACCGGAGGGUGAGAAGUUUCUUCCAGGUAAAACCAGGUUAACGGAAACAGGCUUCGAGUUUGCAGCAGCCAGUACUUUCGACGAAGUCAUUUUCUACGAUGCUGGACCAGUUGGUAUGCCAAUUGAUCCGAAAACUGCCCACGUUUCUAUGCAGCAGAGCGAAAUUUUCGGUCACAUGGUGCAAACGGAGAGAGGCGUAGAAUUCUACCCAGAAGAAGAGAAGAAAUUACCCGAAGGAAAAAGGAUAGUCCCAGGCCAAUUAGUCCGAGGAGGAAAAGACGGUCCUCGAUUCGUACCAGGUGUGAUGACUGAAGAUGGUUUUCUUCCAGGUCAGAUAGUAAUGACAGAGAAAGGCGAACAGUUCGUGCCAGGUCAAGUAAUCGACACCAGCACUGGGCCCAAAUUCGUUCCUGGUCAAAUGGUAGAGACUAGAACAGGUGCAAAAUUCGUUCCUGGGCAAACCGUGGAGACCGCCGAUGGACCACGUUUUGUUCCUGGUCAAAUCGUCGAAACUAAAGCUGGUCCUACGUUCAUUCCUGGCCAGGUGAUAUCCACUGACGACGAAGGAUCUAGAUUCGUACCUGGUCAAGUGGUAGACACACCUGAGGGACCAAGAUUCGUACCAGGUCGCGUCGUAGAGUCUGGAGAACUUGGAGUGACCUUUGUACCUGGUCAGAUAGUUCAGACCGAAGAAGGACCACGUUUCGUAGCUCCAGACUUGACAGACACGUUGGAAGGAGAGGUAGAAUUCUCUGUUCAAGGAUUCGAGGUCACUCCUGAGGAAUUAAGGUUGCUGAGACCUCAGCAUCUGCACUAUAAUCCUCAUACCCAGCAUCAGGGAGAGACUAGCAUAGAUGCUAGGAUGCUUCGACAGUUGUCGGAAGCUGGUUUAUCCGUGGGGAGAAAAGUGACCACCGAUUUGCCAGCUGUCGAUGUUGACGUGGAUCCGAAAGCGGUAGCUCUGGAGCAAGCUCUUGUAAUGGCGGAGAAGCUCGGCUUGCAUGGUACCACUGCGGUAAAAAUGGCGCAGAUAGUGUCUACGGUGGCUCAGUUAGCUAAGAAUAUUGUGCAGGAGCAGCAGAUGGAGGAGAAUUACUUGGAUUCGAAGUUGAUGAAUGGUACCAAGUCUCCUAUCGUUGUAAAUGAUCAUAGAAAUAGGGAAGAACGGGGGAAUGCGAACGAUACAAAUGGCGAUUGGCUGAAAGACGCGGUGAAAAUAGCUAUGUCUAGCGCUGUUCUGGCGAUCACAAGUCAGGCUGCGGAAAGUGGAAAUGAUUCUAAGCAGGAUUUCGUUUAUUCUUCCAUCAGUGAAGCUUUCAAUGUCCUCCUGCGUCAAAGGGAUACCAGUAUUCAGGAAUCCGUGGAAGAAAUACUGCAGAUACUUCUAGUUCCUCAGAAUCGAAGUAAUUUAUGUCAGUCUGCUUUGUUGGAGCUCUUAGACAAUAGGAACAAUAAGGUGGAUAUCCUAAAAUCUACCGUGGUCAGUCAAUCUUUGAAAGAUGACGUGGUACUAGACAGGCUAUCUAUGGUUCUCGAAGAAGAACACGGUGCGGACCUAGUUGGCCCUGCCUUCAGAACAGUCUCCAGGAACGACCCAGAACUGGUCACCCGCGUGCUUCAAAAGGUUUCCGAAGAAGUAUCCACGAUCGUUACCGAGAAAGAAGCUGCGGAGACCGUUCACAAAGCCAUUGUCCAGGCAGUCAGAGAAUCGAGUGAGAUUCACGUGCAAGAAUUGCUGAACGACGAGGGAGAAAACGUUCGAGAGAUGCUCCUUCAGGCCGUGGGACUAGCCAGAGCUUUAGGCAUGUCCAACAUCGCCAGCAGCUUGCUGGCAGUGAUUAGCGACGAGAAAUCAACGCGUGCAUUAGCCAGUGACAGAGUGACAUUGGAUGUCCUGAAGCGACUGACAGUGAUGAGAAAAUUAGCGGAGGAAAGGCCACCAUUUAUGAACGCCCUGACACAAUUAUGCAGUGACCCAGAAUUGGCCAGAACUGAUCCACGAUUGAGAACACUCGUCAGAGAAAGCGCAGCCUUAAUGAUCGUCCCAGAAGAAGGUCCCCUCCAGUCAUCAGCUGACGUACCAUCGGUUCUGCUCCAUUCUGACAAUAGCCUAGCCAUGGAAGAGUUCCUUUUGAGAAGAAACCACAAGCCAUCCACGAUUUUCAUGAUCUUGAAACAGGGUUUGCAAGCUGUAGUGCCCAGAGAAGCCUCUAGGUCCGUUUUAACUGGCGAAGUCGCCUAUACCGUCCUCGAUGAGGAUGGAAUUCAUCAUUUCGAACCGCUCCACGUUUUCUCCGCGCUCCAACUCGCUCGUCCGACCGCGCAUCGAUUCUCCAUGUACUGUUGCCCCGUUGCGAAAGACGAAGACGUGGAUAUUGAAAUACUAUCCACGUUCACGGGAACUACCUCAAUGGCUAGCAGUCUCGACGGAUCGGGUACUGCAACUUAUCAGAAACAGGAGUGUAAUGGUAUUGUGCUGUCGAGGUCUGACCGAUCGUUUGGAUAUUCCGGCAGCCGAGAGAACACACCUAGCUUGAGGAGAUUGAGCAACUUCCAGCAAGAGAAUGGCUGUGAGCGGAAACCAUUGGACAACUACAUCGUGGUGAAGGAUUACAAGAGCGAGACCGAUGGAUUCGCCGUGAACGUCGGCGACAUCGUCGAGGCGAUCGAGUACGCCGAUCCAGCCAAGAAGAUCAAGCUGGAUCCUGAUCUGGAGAUCGGCGAGAUCGGCGAAAUAUUGGACAACUCGGCAGCCUGGCACAAAUUGUCGGUACGACCGCGUCGCAAGUACGCGGAUCCCCGUGCUAGACACAUCCCGAGGUCGGACUCGGACAGCAGCUUCCAGAGAGUGUACGUUCGUACAGCUGACUCAAGGGAAGGAUGGCUGCCCAUGUCCAUCUUGAUGCAAACUGCCCUCAGCGAGGACACAGCACUUGGACAUCGACCGGAAGACUCGCAAUAUCGAAGAGAGGCGGUAGUGAAAGAACUGGUCGAGACCGAGGAAGAAUUUGGCAGAGACCUUCAACUGGUCGUUGAACGUUACUUGAAACCCCUUGACAAUCCAGAUGUUCCACGGAUCGUGCGUGACAAUAAGGAUAUCAUCUUCACGAACCUGAAACAAAUUGCCGAUUUUCACAAUACAUCGUUCGGCAGGGUGUUGAUCGAGGGUGUUAAGUACUAUGCGGAUCAGCCACGUAUGCUGGGAAAGACGUUUUUGCGAUUGGAAAGGGAUUUCGACAAACAUGUGGCCUACUGUAGGGACGAACCGGCGGCCCAGGAGUUCCUCCAGAUGAACGAUGCAGUACGAGAAUACUUUGAGGAGCUGAGCCAGACUCUCCGUGACGACAAGAGCCUAUCGGAGCACUUGAAGCUUCCGAUACAACGCAUAAACGACUACCAGCUCCUGCUCAAGGAGCUGGUGAAGUAUUCGACCCGACUAGGCGAAAACUGCGACGACCUCCAAAAGGCUUUGGAGUUGAUGCUAGGUAUCCCCCAUAGGGCGACGGAUAAUAAGUUCAUAAGCAAUAUCGAAGGGUACAAAGGAAAUAUCCACAAACUUGGCAGAUUGCUUACACACGAAUGGUACACGGUGAUUGACAAGGACGGUAAGAGCAAGGAAAGGUAUCUGUUUCUCUUUAAAGCUCGCAUACUUGUCUGCAAAGUCAGACGAAUAUCGGAAGACAGAUCGGUGUUCGUCCUCAAAGACAUUAUUCGACUGCCAGAAGUAGAAGUGAAGGACCAUCCAGGGGACAUACGAACUUUCGAACUGCACAGUCCAGCAAGUCCAGCUUAUCCGAUCACUUUAGUAGCUCAUAAAGAUCUGGUAAAGGCCUAUUGGUUGAAAGAAAUUAGACAGUACGCGAGUGACGUGGUAGCUCUCGCCGAGCACGCCGCAGACGAUCUACAGUUGACAGAGGUACCAGAAUCCAAGGAAGAAGUUAAGAAGAAUCCAGCUAAUCCUCAAAAGGUAACAGCGAAUCCAGGACCGAAGGCAGCUGACAAUCCAGGACCAGAAAAGGCUCGAGCAAAUCCAGGACCAAAUCCAGGACCAAAUCCUGAAGAAAAGUCGGUAGAGAAGAAAGACAAUCCGGGUAAUCCAGAUUCUAAGAAAGCUGCAGAGGAAAGCGCAGACAUGUCUCGAAGAUAUUCCUCCAGUCGAUACAGCAGCUCUUCGAAAGUGGUUGAAGAGUAUUCUGCAGUAUCCAGCAGUCAAACUGCCAUGUCAGCAUAUAUGGAAUCAUCGAGCAGUGCGAUGAGAAUGGAAUCCAGUUCUUAUCAAGCUGGCAAUACGUUAGAGUCCAAGACGAACGUAGCUAAGAUCGAGGGUAGCAGUGGAAAAGCAAAGCCCGUGUUCGUCAAGACUCUCGAGGGAUCCAAUGUUGAACCGAUACCAGAAAAUAACGUGGAAUUGAUACACGCCGUAGCUGGAGAAACGACUAGCUUUGAGUGCACUCUGUUGAAUACUGAUAGUACAACGAGAGUGCAAUGGCUGAAAGACAAUAAACCAUUAGAGGAUAAAUUAGCAGAUCGUCUAACAGCUUCUGCAACUGGAAAAACGUUCAAACUUCAACUCCAGAACGUGCUCGAGUCUGAUUCUGGAAUUUACAUCGCUAGAGCCAUGAACAGCGAAGGCCAGUCUACUUGUACUGCUCAGCUCAUUGUACAAAAACUUACUCCAGAGGAGAAGAAAGCAAGGGCGGAAGCCAACGCGCCCAUUUUCUUAGUACGUCUGAAGGACACAGAACUCUUGGAGAACACUUACUUGCGUUUCAUGGUGAAAGUAAAAGGAGAUCCUAAUCCUGAAAUGAAAUUCUACAAAGAUGACGUUUUAAUUGAUGCAAAUCACCCACGCAUAAAGGUCGUUACCGAACAAGCAGAAAAAGGUUUCUACGAAUUAGUAAUCGCAGAUGUUCAAAAGCAAGAUGCUGGAAAAUACUCCUGUACCGCGAAGAAUCGAUAUGGAGAAACCUCUUGCGAAGCAUCCGUAACAGUAUCAGAUGAAAAAAUGCUGUUCCUUCCUGAGGGCUUCCUCGAACCGGGAAUGGAGCCCCAGUUCACUUGGCUACGUGAUGGGAAACCUUUCGACCCUGAAGAGCGCUUCAAGGUGCUGCUUAGGGACGACGAAGACACGUUGGCUCUGGUGUUCCAGCAUGUCAAGCCUGAGGAUGCUGGUCUUUAUACGUGUGUUGCACAGACGAGUACAGGCAAUAUCAGCUGUAGUGCUGAACUAACGGUCCAGGGCGCAGUACACCAACUGAUAAAAGAUCCAGAGAAACCAAAACUAUGUUCAGAAGUCAGACAUUCAGAAGUAAGCGCCGGUGGAUCUGCCAUGCUCGAAUUACAGAUCAGAGGAUAUCCAAAACCAGACAUCAAAUGGACCAAAGAUGGAGAGGAAAUUGUCGCUGGUGGAAAGUACAAGUACCUCUGGGAAGACGAAGAAUCCAUGUCUCUGGUGAUUAAAAACGUCACAGCCAAGGAUGCAGGUGUUUACACUAUUAGAGCAAAGAACGAAUUAGGCGAGGAUACAACUCAAAUCGAAUUGAUAGUGAAGUCUGCUCCAAAGAUCACGAAAAAACAAAGUGAUAUAUCUGUCAUUAUCGGCGAAACAUUAAAUAUGCUUCUACAAAUCGAAGCCACGCCUGCGCCAGAAGUUAAAUGGUAUAAGGACGGUCAAGAAAUCCAAGAGAAUGACCGUAUAAGCAUCGUUAAAGAGGGCAGCGAAACAUAUAAAUUAACAAUAAAGAAUGCUCGUUUAGAGGAUGCUGGAUCUUACUCGAUCGUGGCGCGAAACGAAGUGAAUCAGACAACGGAAAUUUGGAAGGUUAAAGUACUAAGUCCACCAAGAAUCACGAAGAGAUUGGGAGAACCGCAAAUUUUCGAUCAGGGCACGAAUAUGAUCUUAUCUGUAGAUGUCGAAUCUGUAAUGCCGCCUAGUAUUAAAUGGUUCAGAGACGGAGAAUUGGUUGUCGAAGAUAGCCACAUAAAAAUGACUCGGGAGGGUAACAAAUUCAUCCUGAAGAUCACCGGUAUAGUAAGCGAGGAUGCAGGAAUGUACAAAGCGGAAGUUUCCUCUGAACAUGGUGUGAUUGCCGAUGAAAUCAAAAUACAAGUGAAAGGCCUUCCACGAUUUAAAUCGAAGAUGUACGAUGUCACAGUUAAUGAAGGCGAAGCAAAUAUCGAAUUCAAGGUGAAAAUCGAUGGUUGCCCGCAACCAAGCAUUCACUGGUACAUUGGCGACGUGGAGAUCACAGAGAAACGAAAAGAAUUCGUUCGUACAGAGGCAGAGGACUUCUGCAAACUAGUCAUUUCUGAAGCUAAAGCUGAGCUUAAGGGAAAGUAUACUUGCAAGUUAAAGAACGAAUUCGGUGAAGUUAAAAGCAGUUCUACACUUAUCGUGAGGACCAGACCAAAACUUCUGAAGAAACUCAGCGAUCAAAGAAUUAAAGAGGGAGACACUUUGAAAUUGAUCUUCGAAGUAGCUGGUACUCCGGAACCCGAGGUGAAAUGGUACAAGGAUGGUCAGGAGGUUUCUGCGGACGCGAGAAUUAAAAUUACAAGGGACAGUAAACGUCAAGAAAGCUACGAUCUGACGGUGACUUUAGUGAAAGGUUCAGACGGAGGCGUAUACGAAGUUCGAGCAGAGAACGAGCUAGGCUACGUAACUAGCAAGAGCAAAGUCAUAAUAAUGACGAAAACAGAAGAAAGCAUGGAGGAAAAGACGGAAUUGAAGAAGGAGACCGUCGAAAAGAUCAUUGUCGAGGAGGAGGAAACGAAAGCCCAGAAAGUCGAGGAGAAAGAGGUCGAGUCAAAGAAGGAACAAGCGGAAGAAUCCGGACCGGAAGGUCGAGUGAAACUGGAGAAACAAAACGUCCAAGUAAUACGGGGCCAGGGUGACACGAUUACAAUCUCCGUGGCCUCCACGACGACCCACGAAGCUAUCCUCACAGGUCCCGAUGAGAGCCACACUAUCAGCAAGAUGACCACAACAAAGGUUGAGUGCCAGGAGUUGAACACUGACGGACCUAGCGUCGAAGAGAUCGCCACCUACAGCUACAGCGUGCAAGAGGAGACCGUCCAGAAACCACAGAAUGGCGUGCUGAUUGAAGAAUUCUCGGAGAACAGCGAGGACAAUAGGUCGAAGCUUCAGGUAAACCGUGGGGUAUCGAUUAUAUCCGUUUCGGAUGACGAGUCGACCAUGAAGGCCAUUUCGAGGGACGUCAGCACGGAAGAUAUGCAAUACGCUGAUCUGUCUGAAGAUCAGAAGUUAGUGAACGGAUCCUACGAAGACUUCAAUGGGAGUGGACGUCAGGCCGAUGAAAAGAUACUGGACGCCGACAAGCCUUACAGAGGUUCGUUAAUCACGGAAACCAUCAUUGAAGAACGGUCACUGGAAGAAGCGCCGUUAGAAAAAUUGACUCAGCAGAGCGUGAAACAACCGGAAGCUGCUGUUGUUGAAAAUGGCGAAGCUCCCAAACGGAAGUCUUCGGUGGAUCUGGAGCAAUCGCAGACCCCUACGAUCGAAGAUAGCAAGUUAACGAAACAGAAGAUAGAACGAGUAAAUUCGAUCCCGGAGAAAGUCGUCGAACAGAACUUAGAGGAUCGUCGAGGAUCCAUGAAGAAUGGACUUUCGAGACAGAGUUCGAAAAUAGAGAGAAUGGACUCGACGGAAUCGAAGAAGGGAUUGGAAAGAUCGAUAUCUAGGGAGAGCGCAUUGAAGGCUACUCUCAGCGGCGAUGAAGAGGUCGACGAAGAGUUCGAAGCUCUUCUAGAUCGCGUUAAGCGACAGCGCAGCGUUUUGGACGAUAUCCUUGAAAAGGAAUCCUCCAGGGACUCAGCGCCUCCUCACAUCAUCAAAUCGACUCUCUCCGAUAAAACGAUCUACGAAACCCAGUCGGUCGUGUUCAAUAUCGAAGCAACAAGUUUGCCAAGGGCGGACGCCAAAUGGUUCAAGGAUGGAAAGCCUCUGAGAAGCGGAGAACGUGUCAGGAUCACCAGUAGUGGAGAACAUUUUUCGAUGGAAUUAAGUAAGGCCAUUCUCGAAGACGAGGGUGUGUACUCGUGCUCGUUCUCGAACAAACUUGGCGAAGAUAUGGUCGAAGGCUACUUGUCCGUUGGUACCGUGGAUGAUCUUCGGAAACCCAAGUUCAUCGAGCCUUUGAACGAUGUGGAUGUAGCCAAGGAAAAUACUGGAGAAUUCAAGGCCACGUUCACCGCUGAUCCUGUCCCUGAAAUCACAUGGUACUUCAACGGUAACGAAAUCCCAGCUGAUGAUAGCCGUCUAAAGUUCACCGUACGGAAUAAGCCAGCAUCAGACAAGUUAACCGAAACAACAGUCACUUUGAGUAUACCAAAAUGCUUGAAAGAUGACACUGGUGAAUACACGCUGAAGCUGAAGAACAAAUAUGGCGAAGCUGAAGCUAGCGGUUUCCUGAAUUUAUUACUACGUCCCGAAAUUGAAGAACUGAAGGACGUUAUCGCACCUGUUGGAGAGUCACUUACGUGGGAGGCCAUCAUCAAAGGAAAUCCAAAGCCAGAUAUCACUUGGAUCAAGGAUGGCACAGUUCUUCAGAAAGGAGACAGAUUCGAUUUCGAGGAAGAUAAAAGAAAUAACAAGUUUAGGCUUAUUAUUAAAAGUGUGGAAGUUGAAGACAAAGGAACUUAUCAGAUUGCAGCUAAGAAUUAUCUAGGUGAAGCUAGUGCAGAAGCAACCCUGACCGCACACACCGAGGCUCCACUAUUCCUGAAAGAACUGAAGAACAUAGAAUGCAAAGAUCGUGACAAUUUAGAAAUGAAAGUUCGGGUUUCUGGUAUCCCCAGACCAAAUAUAACUUGGUUAAAAGACGGCGUGGUGAUCAAGGAAGACGAUAGACAUAAAAUCAUCACACAUGUGGAUGGCAUCGUCGAUAGCAUCUAUUCCGUCACAACAUUCGGUCCAAAAGAUGUUGGAAAAAUUAGUUGCGAAGCUUCUAGCGUCGCUGGAAGCGUUCAAACUGAUUGCGAGGUGACAGUGCAAUUGAUCACGCCUAGUUUCUGUUCUACUCUGCCCAGAUCGACGGAGGUAGACGAAGGUGACUGUUUGGAACUUAAAGCGAAGAUCGAUGGAAGCCCCAUGCCUGAAAUAACUUGGUAUAAGGAUGGAGAAAAAAUUAUCCCGGAUGAUCAUACGAAGAUUGAGAUAUCUCCCGAUGGCAUGAUUAAACUAACGAUCGACUGUGUCAAGCCGACUGAUUGUGGAGCUUAUAAACUUGUAAUCUCUAACUCCACCGGAGACCUGUCUUCUUUGUGCGCUGUAGCUAUUAAACCUUCAAGGAGAAAACCAUCUUUCUCAAAACCAUUAGAAGACACUAAAGCCAUCGUGGGACAGCCACUAAAGUUGGAAGCUCAAGUGGUUGCUUUCCCGAAUCCACAAGUUCAGUGGUUCAAGGAUGGCAUACCACUACGACAAACCAAAGAAAUAUACUUUAUGAACGAACCGAACGGUUUGAUCGGUUUAAGGCUGGAUUACGUUCGUCCAGAAGAUGCUGGCACGUAUUCCAUGACCGUUUCCAAUUCGCUUGGUGAAACUACUGGCUCUGCUAAAGUCGAAGUCGAAGAAAAAGAGAAACGACCUGAAUUCGUGACCACCCUUCAACCAUUAUCUGUUGUGGAAGGUUUCCCAGCAAAGAUGGAAGUCAAAGUUCUAGGAAAACCAACACCGCAGCUUCAAUGGUUCAAAAAUGGCGAAGAGAUCAUACCUGACGGACAACGUAUAAAAGCUAUCAGCCUGCCGGAUGGAUCUCAAGUGCUGGUUAUCAACAAAGUAACACCAGAAGACGCAGGAGAGUACCAAGUAAUAGCAGGCAACACGGAAGGCACUUCUUCUUGCAAAGGUGUAAUCAGUGUAAUCGGCAAACUUCAGUCUGAUCUAUCAGAAGAAAAGCCUGGAUUCGUGAAUCCAAUGCGAGACGUGUACGUUGAGGAAGGUCAACCACUGAACUUAUCUGCCUCCUUUACCGGCAAUCCAAUACCAGAUGUCAGUUGGUCCAAAGAUGGCACACCUCUUCAACCAUCCGAUCGCUUGACUGUGACUUGCGAUGGGAAGAAAACGGAACUGGAAAUCAAUCCUUGUGAAUCUAAAGAUGUCGGUUUAUAUGAAUGCCGUAUAUCGAAUCCACUUGGUGAAGAUUCUACAAAAGCAACAGCUAACAUUAGAAAGAUCUACCAGCCUCCGAGCUUUAUGCAAGAAUUCAAGGAUCUUCAACAAUUGCCCACGCACGAUGCCAAGUUCUUAGCUCGCGUCACUGGUGUACCACAGCCAGAUAUUACCUGGUACUUCAAUGACAAACCAAUCAUACAGGAUGAUGAUAAGUACAAGAUUAAACGCGAUGGAGAUGUUUGUUGUUUAUAUGUGAAAGAUUGUACUUAUGAUGACUCUGGAACGUACAAGUGCAAAGCAGUGAACAAGGGUGGAGAAGCUGAGUGUGUUGCCAAUUUGACAGUAGUCGAUGAAAUAGGAAAGACGAAAAGGGUUGAACCACCAUCAUUCUUGAAGAGAAUUGGCGACUGUGAGUUCUACAAAGGAAUGGCAGCUAAAUUUACAGCCUGCAUCACAGGCAUUCCCGAACCUGAUUUCGAAUGGUUUCAUGACGGAGAUAAGCUAUGGCAGACUGAUAGGAUCAGAAUGGACCAAGAAGGCAGCCUGUUACGUUUAACUAUAAUUAAUGCCGAUGAGUUGGACGCAGGAAAAUAUAUCUUAAAAAUAACAAACCCAUAUGGUCAAGAUACUUGUAACGCAGACUUAAUUUACGAAUCAUUGGAACCACGCGCAAAGAGAGCUUUAGGAGAGCAAUACGCAGACUUUGAUAAGUAUCGCAAAUCCGGCGUUCCAUUGCCAUUAGCUGACCGUCCAAUUAUCAGCAGAAUGAUGGAUCGUCAUCUGACGCUAUCCUGGAAACCGUCCAUCCCUAUAGGACCUCGAAUUCCAGUAACAUAUCAAGUAGAAAUGUGCGAACUUCCAGAUGGUGAUUGGUUUACUGCUCGCACAGGUAUUCGUAGUUGUGUCUGCGACAUUCGCAAUCUGGAACCCUUCAGAGAUUACAAGUUCCGCAUUCGUGUGGAAAACAAAUAUGGAAUAAGCGAUCCAUCACCAUUUGCACAAACGUAUCGCGCAAAACUGGAGCCAGAUCCACCGAAAUUCUUCCCCUACUUGCCUCCUGGCAUCGACUUCCGUCCAGAGACCAGUCCCUAUUUUCCCAAGGACUUCGAUGUCGAAAGACCACCUCACGACAAUUAUGCUCAAGCGCCUAGGUUCCUUCGUCAGGAACAUGAUACUCAGUAUGGCGUAAAGAAUCACAAUUGUAACCUGUUCUGGUUCGUUUAUGGCUAUCCAAAACCAAAGAUGACGUAUUAUUUCAAUGACCAACUUAUAGAGUCUGGUGGGAGGUAUGAUCAAAGCUACACAAGAAAUGGACAGGCUACUUUAUUCAUUAAUAGAAUGCUGGAAAGAGAUGAAGGAAUGUAUGAGGCUGUUGCAAGUAAUGAACAUGGUGAAGCAAGACAAAGAGUUUAUCUGAAGAUUGCAGAAUAUCCAACAUUUAUUCAUAGACCGGAAGAAACCAUCGUAAUGGUUAGGAGAACUGGACAACUGAUGGCUCGAAUCGCUGGUAUACCUUACCCAGAAAUCAAAUGGUACAAGGACUGGAAACCUCUUACUACUUCUUCCAGAAUAAGGAUCGAAUUCAACGAACCAGAUACAACACUUUUGAUUAUCAGUGAUACCAUCGUCAAAGAUGAGGGUCUGUACUCGGUCAGUGCUAGAAACGUAGCCGGAUCCAUCUCCUGUUCCAUAAUGUUGCACGUUGAAGAAAAUGAACACGAAUAUGGAUACAGAACGUACAAGAGGAAGACGGAUAUUAGGCCUCGUCCCGAUAAAAUAUUUGAAGAAUGCUACGAUCUGGGUGAUGAGCUUGGUCGCGGUACUCAAGGUGUUACAUAUCAUGCUGUAGAAAGAAGCACCGGACGAAAUUAUGCAGCCAAAGUCAUGCAUGGAAAGGGAGAACUUAAACCGUACAUGUACAACGAGAUGGAAAUAAUGAACAACCUGAAUCACAGAAAGUUACUGAGACUACAUUAUGAAACUGAUAAAUCUGUCUCGUUGAUAAUGGAAUUAGCUGCUGGUGGUGAACUGGCAGACACUUUAACAAAACAAGCUUAUUAUACUGAAGCAGAAAUUGCUGGUUACAUCAGACAGUUACUGUGGGGUCUGGAGUACAUGCAUUCUAACCAUUAUGCUCAUCUGGGUUUGACGCUUGGAGAUCUGCUAAUUUCGCAUACGGGAGGUGAUGAUCUAAAGAUCGCUGAUUUUGGCCUCGCCAGAAGAAUUUCGUAUACGAAACAGAUGAUUUUGUCGUACGGUAUGCCCGAGUACGUGGCACCGGAAGUCACCAACAAUGAGGGUGUAACUUUCGGUGCAGAUAUGUGGGCUGUUGGUAUUAUUACAUACAUCCUACUUUCUGGAAUAUCACCCUUCAGAGGCAACAACGACAUGGAGACACUGAUGAAGAUCAGGGAAGGAAAGUGGGAGUUUGAUGAUCGUUGGAAAAACAUCUCAGAGGAUGCUAAAGAUUUUAUUCGUUCCCUAUUAAUGUACAAUGUUGAUAGAAGAAUGGAUGUCACAGCUGCUCUUGCUCAUCCUUGGCUAGCGUAUGCUGACAAACUUCCGUAUGAUUUGUACAAAAUUCCAUCAGAGAAUUUGAAGAAUUAUUACAAAUUAUACCGCGAUUGGUACAACAACGCUUCCUGCCGCACAUGGUUCCGCAGACGUAAAUUGAAUACAGCCUUCGAACACCCAUCAAAAAUGGUCUAUCCACCUGGUCAGAAAUACACCCCCGAACCUAGUGACGAUAGACCAUACAGUCCAUUAAAGAAACCUGUAGCUAAGCACUGGGAUAGUGAAACACCUACCAGGGAACCAAUUGACACGGAGAUUGGUAUCAUUAAAAGUGAAAGCCACUAUCAAAAUGGACCAGACACUUAUCUUCUUCAACUUCGUGAUACUGAUUUCCCUGUACGUUUACGUGAAUAUAUGAAAGUUGCAUGUAAUCGUAGUCCUGGAUUCUCCCGUACCAUUACCGAUGAGAACUUCGAUUGGAGGACACCUAUUAUACGAGAACGUCGUCGUUUCACGGAUAUCAUGGAUGAAGAAAUUGAUGACGAGAGACGCGCAAGAAUCAAUAGAUAUGGUUCACCAGACAACUUUACUCUAAGACGUUUGAAACACGAAUUAGGAACUCGAUUAGACAGUUACGCUGAAGCAGAGGCAAUGUUGGAGUCAAAGAAAGAGGGCCAUCUACCAUUCUUCCGUGAAAAACCACAAAUUUUACCAAUUGAGGAAGGAAAACCUGCUCAGUUGGCCUGUUUAGCUGUUGGAAGUCCCAAACCAUUAAUUCAAUGGUACAAAAACGAUCUGAUGAUACAAGAGACCAAUAGAAUAAAAAUCACGGAAGACAAAGACGGCAGGUCUAUACUUAGCUUCAAUCCAACAAAGGAACACGAUGUAGGUAGCUACAAAAUGGUCGCAAGAAACUCACUAGGACAAACUGUUGUCAGAACAAGAUUAGUGGAAGCUGUUGUUCCUUCAGGACCUGAUUCCCCGGAGCCUUCCGAAGUCUCAGACACAGAAAUACUUAUACGGUGGAAGCAACCUAAGUACGAUGGAAACUCACCAGUGUUAUGCUAUAAUCUUCAGUACAAAGAAGGAGAUUCGGUCGACUGGAUAGACAUGGCCUCAAAUAUCGAUCAUGAGUUCUAUUUGAUAAGAGACUUAAAACCGGAUACAAGCUACAACUUCCGUUUGGCAGCACGAAAUCGCAUUGGUUGGAGCGAGAAAGGUAUCCCAUCGAAACUAAUCAAAACUAGACUACCAGGUUGUCCAAAGGUUCAGAUCACCCGAGCUAUGAGACAUCUUCAAGAAUUAACUGAAUCAGGUCAGGAAAUAGUACUCGAUGAAGACAAGCCACAUAUGGAUUAUUCUAUCGAGGAUCAUCCCAUUGAAUGGUCGACCGAUACGAAUCUAUCGAACAAAUAUAGUUUCAUUUCUGAGAUCUCUAGAGGUCAAUUCUCCGUCGUAGUAAAAGGUGUUGAUAAAAGUACAGACAGUGUGAUAGUCGCAAAGAUCUUGGAGUUACAUACAGAAACAGAAAAGCAGGUGAACAGGGAAUAUGAAGCUCUUCGUUCAUUAAGGCACGAGAGGAUAGCAAUGUUACAAGCAGCAUACAAAGCACCAGGUUCUCCAGUUGCAAUCUUCAUCCUAGAAAAACUUCAGGGUGCUGAUAUUCUCACAUACUUCUCAAGUAGACAUGAGUAUACUGAAAAUUGCGUAGCCGUUGCCAUUACUCAAAUUCUGGAUGGUUUGCAAUACCUCCAUUGGCGAGGAUAUUGUCACCUCGAUAUUCAACCUGAUAAUAUAGUGAUGUCUACUGUCAGAUCGGUCCAAAUUAAACUAGUCGAUAUGGGUUCUGCUCGACUUGUCAGCAAAUUAGGUACAUUAGUACCGAAGUCUGGUCACCCAGAAUAUAGAGCACCCGAAGUAUAUAACGAGGAACCAGCUCAUCCUCAGACGGAUGUUUGGAUGGUCGGUGUACUAAUGUACGUACUUCUGUCCGGUAUUUCACCGUUCCGAGGCAAAGACCCUGAUGAAACCAGGCAGAAUAUUCUAUUUGUAAGAUACAGAUUCGAAUAUCUGUACAAGGAAUUGAGUCAAGAAGCUACUAGGUUCCUCAUGUUGGUCUUUAAACGAGCACCCAGUAAAAGACCACUGGUUGAGGAAUGUCAUGAACACAGGUGGCUACAGCCAUCGGACUUUAUGAUUAAGAAACGCGAGAGAGCCGUGUUUUUAGGCAACAGACUGAAAGAGUAUAACGAGGAGUAUCAUGGAGAAAGAUUAAAUAUAGCAUCUCAAAGCCAAAACCUAGCAAGUGAAAGCCUGUUAGGUUCCACUCAAAAACUUAUUAGAUCGACUAGCAUACAAGAAGAACUGCUCACCACGUUCUAACGCAUAAACUAUUAUUAAGCAAUGAUUUUCCAAUUUUAUUUACGUGACUGUAAAAUUUCAUGCACGUAUCUAGUCAGUCUUUUAAAGAGCAAGGAAGAGUAACUAAAAAAAAAGAAGAGAGUAUCGAAAUGUAAGAACUUUCUUUCCUUGUUCUCUUUUUUGUUAUUAUUUAUUUGUUACGUUUAAUUAUUUUAAUUAAAUAUUACCGUCUGCUCAUAUGUUACUUCAAAGAUCUAUGAGUAAGAAGAAAAGAACCGACCGAUCGAUACUUGAAUAUAACGUAAGAUAAAUCACGUUUUAACGAAUCAAGGUACAAACCAAACCCUUUAAAAUUGUACAAAAACGAUGAUUAUAUUCUAAUAAAAUCACCAAUAAAUACUAA